AUGGCUGAUCCUGAUACUACGAGAGUUCCUUCGCUGUGGGACCGUACUCUUGAUACUCCAGAAUUCCACCAAUACCUCGACCACCUCCCAUUGAAGCAGCUAUGCGGUAUCUGCAACGGCGCCAUCGCCAAAGGCGACAUCUGCGUGGGCCGAGAUUCUCCAGAUCAUCCGGAAUUACUCUGCCUCCGCCAUUUCUGGAGAUAUGUUUCCGGUCUGGACCUCGCUGCCCGACUCGCCGAGACCCCGGAUCCGGAUCCGGAGGAGGAACGCCUCGAAGUCCCUUUACGUGAGGUCGUGAGGUGGGAACGCGGGACGUCGAAACCUGAAGUGUCUAAGGGGCCUCUUCCUGUUAUUCGGCUUACUAUUGAUUCGCGAGGCAUUCGGAGGGUUGAGAGCUUCACUGAAGAGCAAGCGAGAUACCGACACGAGAGAUAUGAUGAUCGGCUUUUCGUUGUGCAGGGUACAUCUGAUGCCCAGUUAGAAGGCAUCACUGCACUGUUCCAGGACGGUUUGAUGCGCCUUCGCAUCCCCCAAUGGCAAUCCAAUCUGCACCUGUGGGAUCUUCCAACUCCGCCAACCUUUCCGGCGUCUAUACCGCAAGGGGAUGAAUCAGCUCCCCGGGUUGUCCAACUUCUCCAGGAACCCCGGGAAAAGGACUCUCGCUCGUACAGCAUCGACCUGAACGCAGUCACUGGCGUCACUUUUUUCUUUGCAAACUACCUGGGGAUGGUUUACAUUCACGGCCACACGCGCGACCGGCCAUAUGCUUCGAUCCCAUCUGGUCUAUCUCCCAAUGGCAUGUGUUGGCUCUAUGUUCCGAUAUCAAAGAAUGACCGAAUUCUGUCUCUCGACUUGAGAAGCCGAGACUCGGAGUUCCCUAUGAAAUGGCCCUCGAUACUGAUGCGCACCGAACUCACAGGCCAAAACAUCUUUGGCACAUUCCUAAGAAGCGAGUUUCCCAUCUACUCCCUCGGCACAACACCAACAAUGCUCUUCUUCACCCGAUCGUCGCUCCUCGGCCACAUUACACGAAUCGGCACCGUAUCAAGCCCGACAGCUUCCCGAGUCGCCCCCUCUUACCCCCUCCCAACCGCCGAGGACAUCGUCCCCAACUUCCUAGCCAUGGACCACCUCGUAAAAUUCUCCUCCGCACCCCUCAACGGCGUCAAAACCGCCAGCGUCUUCCACCAGGACAGCCAGCCUGACGCCUCCUGCCUCGGCAUCCUCUUCGACUACGAAAACGGCGGCAAGCGCGCCGUGGGCCAGUGUAGGCUCGGCCUCGACUACUACCGCGUGUACGAACGCCCUACGCACGUGUGCGUUCGGAAUAUGCUGCAUCUCCCCGAUGGCGAACCAGAGCUUCAGUGGACUGUUAAGGCGCAGUUCUCGAGGGGGAAGGAUCAUUUGCAUGAGGGUGAAGGGAGGGAUAUACACUGCUUUGAGUUGAGGGAUAAUAUUCUAGAUUUUUGGUUUACGGCCCGGGAGUUUUGUAUAGAGAUUAGAAGGCAGGAUCAGGCGCCUGGGAGCAGCGAGUGGAACUCGCAUGCUUAUGCUAUCUCGACUAGCUGA